UGAGAUUGUUAUAUGCGCAUGUAGCGGCUCGCGGGGUUCUAAAUGGGACAAUGUGACGGGUCGGAAGUGACAGCCUUAACCGUGUGGGGUUAACGAUUAAGCCAGGUACGGGCGGUUACCGUUACCAGGCAUGCAUACCGGCACCCACGCAUCAGGCUGCAGCACACAUUAUAACGGAGUGCAGGAUAUGAGACAACAGUUUUGAGGCGUUCAGCAGUGCGCUCUGUUCAGCGUCUGUUCACUCGUCUCCCCUGUGGACUUCUGCGUUUUAGGUAAACAGCAACCAGAGCGCUGAGGGGAAGUGUUCUCCUGUAGGGCUGCUCCGUAACUAUAUCCUUGUGCUGCAGACCUUUAAAUACUCCUCAUAAAAUAGCCACUUGAUGAAAGGUGAGACCUUCCCAGCCCAGGACACGGUCUGGAGCGAGCUAGUCUGAAAGCACCGUCAGAGCGCGUGCAGGACUGACCUGCGCUCUUGGAUGACUUUCUGAAAAGAACUUCAGGCUACUAGCUGGACCUGCAAUACUUCAUGUACUUUUUCAUACCAACUUUUCAAGACUUUUUGGUUACCAAUCGUUGUUGACCAGAUAAACAUUGGUUUGUUUGUUUUUGCUCUCUUUUAAAAAUAUAUAAUUGUUUCAUUCUUCUAUACAUCUGCCUACGGUGCUUACGCAGUGAAUGGAGGACAUACUCCAGCUUCUCCCGAAGCACGCCUGGGGGAGAGCAGCUACUCACACCGGUCUUUGCAGGAGUUUAGUUGAGCUUUCAAAACGUUUUUUACCACUUAAUUUUGCAUUCAUGACCACACCUGAGUGCCACUCACCAGCAGUCUUUAAUGGGAUAAAUUCACUUGUGAGAUCAGGUUAUUAAAAACCGAUCAAGGGAAAUCUAAACCAACCAUCCCACACCUUUUGGCCGUAGCCUAUAUUUGUAAUUCAGUCUACUGUCCCCAAAAGCUUCCGCAUGGUACUUUGGUCAAAAGAGCAAGACCAACCGCCGGACACCGACAUGUCAUCCGGGGCGAUAGAAAUGAAGAGAGUGGUACCACCGGUGUACCUCCACUCCAACGGCUCUGUUCACCCGGCCAUCCUCACCGAUGACCCCGAGGAGAUGAGACCGGAGGAGAGGGGCGAGUACGAGCUCACAGAAGUGACAUCCUUCACAGACAGGUCUGGUGAACCGGGAGAUGAAGGCCGGGAGAUAGUGGAGAUAGACUGCAGGGCGAAUGCCAAGGGCCAGCGCGAGGAGGACGCUCUCCUGGAGAAUGGCAGCCAGAGCAACGAGAGCGACGACAUAAGCACUGACCAGAGCCCAGAGCCACCAGCGCCGUUAAAAGAGACCUCCUUCUCCAUCGGCCUCCAGGUGGUCUUGCCAUUCCUGCUGGCCGGGUUCGGGACGGUGGCGGCGGGCAUGGUGCUGGAUAUUGUUCAGCACUGGACGGUGUUUACAGAGGUGACGGAGGUCUUCAUCCUGGUCCCAGCGCUGCUGGGGUUAAAGGGCAACCUGGAGAUGACACUGGCUUCCAGACUGUCCACAGCGGCUAAUAUUGGUCAGAUGGACUCAGCCAAGGACAUGUGGAAGAUGAUCGUUGGAAACCUCGCCCUCAUCCAGGUCCAGGCCACGGUAGUAGGGUUCCUGGCGUCCAUCGCCGCGGUGAUCUUUGGCUGGAUCCCAGAAGGGAACUUUAGACUGGGACAUGCUAUCCUGUUGUGUGCCUCCAGUGUGGCAACCGCAUUCAUCGCUUCUCUGAUACUAGGGAUCAUUAUGAUUGGUGUAAUCAUCGCAUCCAGGAAGGUGGGCAUCAACCCUGACAAUGUGGCCACACCCAUCGCUGCCAGUCUGGGAGAUCUGAUCACCCUCUCUCUGCUGGCUGGCAUCAGCACAGGACUGUACAAGGAGCUGGAGUUUAACGACUAUGCCAACCCGUUGGUGUGUGCUGUGUUUGUGGCGCUGACCCCUCUGUGGGUGCUGAUCGCUCGGAGGAUCCCCUCCACCAGAGAGGUGCUCUACUCAGGCUGGGAACCUGUCAUCAUUGCCAUGGCAAUCAGCAGUGUUGGGGGUCUGAUCCUAGAUAAGACAGUGUCCAACCCCAACUUCGCUGGCAUGGCUGUCUUCACUCCUGUUAUCAACGGUGUGGGAGGUAACCUGGUAGCGGUGCAGGCCAGUAGAAUCUCCACCUAUCUGCACAUGAAUGGUAUCCCCAUGGGAGACCCUGACCCCAACCCCAGGAAAUGCCCCACCCCCUGCACUUCCUUCUUUGGUUCCAAUGUGAACUCUCGUUCAGCACGGGUGCUCUUCCUCCUGGUUGCUCCAGGUCACCUGGUCUUCCUCUAUACCAUCAACUCCAUGCAGGGAGGACACACCACGCUAACAUCCAUCUUCAUAGCCUUCUACAUGGCUGCUGCAUUACUGCAGGUGUUGAUCCUGUUGUACCUGGCUGACUGGAUGGUCCACUGGAUGUGGAGUAGGGGGAUGAACCCCGAUAACUUCUCUAUUCCUUACUUGACGGCCCUGGGAGAUCUGCUGGGGACCGGCUUCCUGGCCCUCUGCUUCCAUGUCCUCUGGCUCAUUGGAGACAGAGACACUGACGUGGGAGACUGAACACACACCUGGACAGCAUACAUACACAGCAUCAAUUCGGGCUCACCGGAAACAACCUGAACAACUGAACUGUACAGUAUCUCCCUCUGGACAUCGGAACAACUGAAUCACUUUCAGACCCAGACUUCAACCCUAACCCCUUGACCUCCAAUCUCCCCCCAAACCCCUCCCCCUGGGUCACAGACUAUGCCAUUUUUUCUUUAUUUGACUAAAUAAGAGUUUUACUACUAUUGUUUUUAUUGUUAUUAUGAUGACGAUGAUUAUGAUUAUUAUUGUUAAUAGUGAAUUUGAUAAGAAUCUAUAUCUGUUUUACCAUUGGGUGGGUGAAUCCUCAUUAUUUUCAAUGGGGACAUUCUCUCUUGGGCCAGUCACAUUGGCAGCAUUUGUAAAGAUGAGCUCAAUCUUAAAGACUUGAAAUGAAGACAGACAGAAAGCAAAAAAAACUCACACAAGCCUAGAAUGCUUAAUCACCAAGUGCUAUACGUAUAAAGAGAUUAAUACAUUUUUAAGGGACCCUUCCAAUUUGCCUUGCCUUGAGAGUAGUGAUUCAGUGGGGGCAGCUCCACAGGGGCCCGGACCAGAAUGUAGAGACCUGAAUCCGCUUAGGUAACAACCCCCCAACCCUGUUAAAGGAUGACUGAACACUAACCUGAAAAGAAACAGGAAGAUUUCAUUUGCCCUUAAGCACAGAUCUAGAAUCAGUUUACCCUCUCCAAAUCCUAACCUUAACCAUUGGGGAGGGAUGAAAACAUAACUGACCCUGUAUCAGUGGUAAGAGGCAACCUCAACCUAGUCCAUGGACAUAGGUCCUGCCAGAUGGUACAGUCAGGUGCUACAUUAUGUUUCAUAGGUCACCAAGGAGGUGCCAGAUCGUACUGUCAGGUACCACAUUAUGUUUCAUAGGUCACCAAGGAGGUGCCAGAUCGUACUGUCAGGUACCACAUUAUGUUUCAUAGGUCACCAAGGAGGUGCCAGAUCGUACUGUCAGGUACCACAUUAUGUUUCAUAGGUCACCAAGGAGGUGCCAGAUCAUACGGUCAGGUGCCUCAUUAUGUUUCAUAGGUAACCAAGGAGGUGCCAGAUCGUACAGUCAGGUGCCAAAUUAUGUUUCAUAGGUCACCAAGGAGGUGCCAGAUCGUACGGUCAGGUGCCACAUUAUGUUUCAUAGAUCACCACCAAGGAGGUGCCAGACCGUACGGUCAGGUGCCACAUUAUGUUUCAUAGAUCACCACCAAGGAGGUGCCAGACCGUACAGUCAGGUACCACAUUAUGUUUCAUAGAUCACCACCAAGGAGGUGCCAGACCGUACAGUCAGGUACCACAUUAUGUUUCAUAGAUCACCACCAAGGAGGUGCCAGACCGUACGGUCAGGUGCCACAUUAUGUUUCAUUGAUCACCACCAAGGAGGUGCCAGACCGUACGGUCAGGUGCCACAUUAUGUUUCAUAGAUCACCACCAAGGAGGUGCCAGACUGUACGGUCAGGUGCCACAUUAUGUUUCAUAGAUCACCACCAAGGAGGUGCCAGACCGUACGGUCAGGUACCACAUUAUGUUUCAUAGAUCACCACCAAGGAGGUGCCAGACCGUACAGUCAGGUACCACAUUAUGUUUCAUAGAUCACCACCAAGGAGGUGCCAGACCGUACGGUCAGGUGCCACAUUAUGUUUCAUUGAUCACCACCAAGGAGGUGCCAGACCGUACGGUCAGGUGCCACAUUAUGUUUCAUAGAUCACCACCAAGGAGGUGCCAGACUGUACGGUCAGGUGCCACAUUAUGUUUCAUAGAUCACCACCAAGGAGGUGCCAGACCGUACGGUCAGGUACCACAUUAUGUUUCAUAGAUCACCACCAAGGAGGUGCCAGACCGUACAGUCAGGUACCACAUUAUGUUUCAUAGAUCACCACCAAGGAGGUGCCAGACCGUACGGUCAGGUGCCACAUUAUGUUUCAUAGAUCACCACCAAGGAGGUGCCAGAUUGUACAGUCAGGUGCCACAUUAUGUUUCAUAGGUCACCAAGGAGGUGCCAGACCGUAUGGUCAGGUGCCACAUUAUGUUUCACACUCAGUUGGAGGGUUGUUUUUUAAAUUAAAGUCAACCCCAAUUCUUGCCAACCAUGUCCUUAGUGGUCCUUGAGGCCUCAACGCUCAAUAGCAAGGUUUCAACACCUCCUUGUUGUCCCCUGAAUCCUCCUAAAGGGCUAUGAUUGUGACAUUUCUUCAAUUACAUUUGUUUCUUCUUUGUUUUCACACAAGCACUUAGACAGACAAUUGUGCUUUGUUUGUCAGGCUGGCCAUCUGUUUGUGGCAGCCUGUUGGUUACACACACACACAAAACUCUGCUUAUCGCUGGAUUCACUGAGGUUAGAGUGGCUUUACUGGGAGGUCAGAGAGGGUAGGGACAGAGCGCUUGAGACAGAGGCCAUUCCAGGUGACAUCCUAUCUAGUGCAAGGACUUAGGAGCAUAUGUUAAAGGGUGGGGAAAGUUAUCCACUUGAUCACGCUGCUGCCUAAUGCUGUUUGGUGUGUUCUGAUUAGAAGGCUUUAAUGGACUUCAUUAGUUAGUGAGGAAAGACAGGAUGUUGAGGGAGGAAUUGUCAAACCAAUAUUGCCUGCUUAGGAAUAUCAUGCAAACAUCUCGCUCGCUCUUUCUGUCUCUCGCUCUCUCAAGCUUUCUCAAAUGGUACAAACAACAUCAGCGAUCUUCUUGAGUUGAAGCAACUCAAGGCCUGUCCAUGCUGACCACCACACUUCCUUAAUGUCUGUUGUGCAUUGUACAUACACACUGUGCAGCUGACAUACAAUAUCUGCCACAUACGCCAUGCUUCAAAAUGGCCUCCUAUCCUACCCACAUUAACAUACUGUCAGUAUAGACACUCUAAUUCUCGUAAGCAGCAGAGCCCAGCUUGAUGGUGAAAUGCAUGUGUUAUCAUCUGAUGCUUUGUUAUCUGGUGUUCAAUUUAUAUGUUGUUUUAAGGGGCCAGCAGAGUGCAUGUGCAGGGCACAGUUAAGUUUCCUUCUCUUUAAAAGAUAAUGUAUCCUUCUUAGGUUUGACACAAUUUACAAAGUGGAAGUUGUGUCCGUUAUUAGAUGUAUUCUUUAAGUUCAUAAUUUUUCUUAAUCCUUCUGUGAUCUUAUGUGUUAGAGAAUGAUUAUGUCAUGUUUAUGAUUGAGAGCCCCAGUGGGGUUAAGUGUCACUGUUGGAAAGUACUGUAAUAUACACACACAGGCACCAGAGGGCAACAUUGUCAUAUGAGUGAAUAUGAGACAGUGCUGAUAGUGAUAGAGGCUGUUCACUAUUAGCUUCAUCUAGAUUAUAGAACCUGUAUCCAAGAUUCUAAUGUAGAACCUGCAUUUUCUAGAUUCUAGAAUUUGUAUUUUCUUGAUUCUAGAAUCUGUGUCCAUGAUAGAAUUACAUACCUUCUGGAUUCUAGAGCCUGUAUCCAAAAUUAUAUUCUAAAACCUGUAUUCUUGAGGCGGAACCCUGGAUCUAGAACCUGGGUUCUCUCUGCUGUCUUACUGAACCUGUGCCAGCGUUCUGCCCCAGUACGGAUAAGAGGUUGUGAAUACUUCUUCAGCGAAAGGAAUGCUUUUUCUAUUUAUUUUUAGAUGCCCACAAAGCAAAUUGUAUAUACUAUAUUUAUUCUAUAAAUAAGGUGUUUAUUUUUCAUUUAAUUUUGUCUCGGUUCUGUCGCUGUUUUUGUAAUUGUUUCUCAUUUUAUUUUUUUGUUCAUCCUUUUUUGGGUUGUAUCCAGCCAGUAGAGCUUCAGCGCUGCCGCGGUAGAUUAGCGCCUAGGCUAACAAACAACAGUGUGGGUGCCUAAUAUCUGAUGAACCUCACACACCUUACAUCCCCUGCCCUCGGGCAGGGACCCAAACAUAGAAGGCCUUAACCUAUCAGGAACCAAGCUCAACACAUAGUAACCAAUCAGGAGCUAGGCUCACCACAGAGUAGAAUCUCUCUAAUUAGCUUUUAUUAAUAACUGACAUACCUUGAUUUGAUGUUGUAAUGUAAUUAAUGAAUAAAUAGUCUAUGAGAGAGGCUGCAUGGUUGCAAUGGCUCCAGUGUUUGGGAAUCACUAAGGCCAGAACCUUCAAUUGAGAACAUAAAUGAAUAGAUGGAUAUUGUAAACCAGAAGGCUCUGACUAGAACAGACUAGUGGUCAGACAACACAGAGGUAUAACAGAUGGAUCAUUUCUCAAUAACCACAUUCCUCAACCCUCACCUCCCAGACACACACACACUACUAGCACAAAAUGUCCAUACAGAUAUAUUGGUUACACACACAAACACACACGCAUACACUUUAUUUGGAACUGUGUGCUCCCCCUGCUGUCCCCCUUUGUAACCCUGUAACUGUAGUGGGGUUCACAAUCUGCAAGACUUUAUAAAUUGCUGGAAAUAAAGGACUAUAUUAUUUUGUACCACU